UUUUUUUCCUUCCCUCAUUCACCAUUCCUUCUCUCAAACCCAAGACAUUCUUCGCUGUCGUCGCCGUUAUCCUGGUCAUGACACGCGCAAGGCAACUUCAAAAGACUAGGUCGGCUGCAGCUCUCGCUGCCAAAGCAACAACGACAUUACGACAGCGGCGUCCGAAGACAAAGGAUUCUCUUGCCAAGGAAAAACGUAUCCGACAAUUGGAUGAGGCUAUCGUCACAGGAGAUAUUGAGAAACUACGAAAACUAUCCGUCACCGGCGCUGGAUUUGUGAACCAUGCUAUCCGAAGACGAGCAUGGCCUUUGUUGUUACGCACUCAUGUUCCCAGGAAACACCUUGGUCUAGACUCUGCAACUGAACACAAGGAUGAGGAACAGGUUCGAUUAGACAUCGUUCGAUCAUUCACGCAUCUGCCUAUGGAAACGAAAAGUCAACAGGCAGCCAAGAAGCAAAAGCAGGAAGAGCUCUUUCAUGUGAUUGUAGAUGUACUGCAUCGACACCCAAAAUUGUCUUACUACCAAGGCUUUCAUGAUGUUUGCACGUGUUUAAUGAUAGUUUUGGGCAAAGAGGCUGCUACAAUGGCAGCAGAAAGUAUGGCCAUGUUCUUUUUCAGGGACUGUAUGCUCAAUAACUUGGAGCCGGUACUCGAUCAACUGUCAUUGAUGACAACCUUACUCAAAACAGAAGCCCCUGAGGUGCAAGAGUUUCUUGACAGGUCAGAAACGCUUCCAUUCUUCCCGUUGAGCUGGGUCAUCACAUGGUGUUCUCACGAUCUUCAGGAUUUUGAAAAGAUCGCACGGAUAUAUGAUUUUUUAUUGUGUUUCAAUCCACUCAUGUCUAUUUAUCUUGCUGCUGCUGUGGUGAUAUCACGAAGAGAGGAAUUAUUUGAGGUCGAAUGUGAUAAUGCUAUGGUCCACACGUUUUUGACAAAGUUCCCAAAAAACGUGGAUAUAGAACUGAUAAUAUCGCAUGCCCACCAGAUGUACAUGACCUAUCCUCCCGAGAAGCUUCAAAAUUUGGCUCAAAAUUGGCUAGAUGAAAACUCUUGCGUAAAUACAUUCAAUAAGCCAAAGACAAGUCUUUACGACAAUGUCGAUGAAAAGGCUUUUUCAACUCCAGUUGAUUUCGAGCCCAUCGAUGAAUUGUUGGGCAGCCCUCGAGUCAAAAGAACCAACGGAACCUCUGCGCUUUCCAACUACCCCAAGAAUGCAUUGGAUUUAUACCGCAAAAAUAUGCUCACUAUGGUUGCUGUAUCAGCUGCUUCUAUUGGCACAGCUGCAUUACUCCUCUUGAACUCUCCCGUGUUCAGAGAAUGGCUAAAUAAUGCCACUUUCCAUUGA